UCCACAGUUGUGUUUGGCAAGUGACCAUCAGUGAGGGUGUGCGUGACUGAUAUGUGAGUUGUAACCAACGACCUACUUGUUUUGUUCGCAGGCAUAGGCAUACGUGUUUCGCAGUCAGUCCAAGGAUCAAACAUGUAGCUAACUACGAAAAUAGAUGUGAUGUUGGGAGAGCAGCUACGUGAAGCUGCAGCAGAAGGGAACAACAGGGAGGUCGUACGAUUGCUCAGUGAAGGAGCUAAGAUCACGCCUGACAGGAAUGGUCGCACUGCACUCCAUUUGGCUGCUGCUGGAGGGUUUGCUGAAGUAACAGCUGCACUUCUUCUUGCUAAAGCUGAUCCCAAUGCAGUAGAUUCGGUUGGUUGUUCUCCUCUACAAGUGGCUGCAGCUGAAGGUCAUUUAGAAAUAGCCAAACAACUCAUAAAGUAUGGAGCAGAUGUCAAUAAACAGGAUACUGUGCAUGGUAAUACGGCAUUGCACGAGGCAAGCUGGAAAGGAUUCAGUCAGAUGGUUGCCACCCUAUGUAAGGUCAAAGCCAACAUGAACAUCAAGAACUAUGGAGGUUUUGCUGCUCUCCAUCUGUGCUGUCAGAACGGCCACAACCAAAGUUGUCGAGAACUAUUAAUUUAUGGAUGCAAUCCAGAUUUACAAAAUAAUUAUGGCGAUACACCCUUACACACAAGCGCCAGGUAUGGUCACGCUGGAGUUACGAGGAUACUCAUCAGCGCCCAAUGCCGUGUCUCUGAUCAAAACAAGAAUGGGGACUCAGCUUUACACAUAGCUGCAGCAAUGGGUCGCCGUAAGUUGACAAGGAUCCUCCUGGAAGCCAAAUGCAAUAAAAACAUUCAAAAUAAGCAACAUGAGACUGCUAGAGAUAUUGCUUCGAGGAAAGAAUUGACAGAAAUAUUGAAGAUUAUUGAUGAAGUUCCUGAUGCUCCAUCAUCGAAAAAGGGAAAGAAAAAAGAAAAAGAGGCUAAAGAAAACAAAACUAGUAAACACAAGCAUGAUAAGAAAAAGCAAAAAGUACAAUUUAUGGAGGCAGCUUCUCUAGCAGGUGGCAAACAGUGGUCUCCAUAUGGAUGUCAUUACUAUCCAGAUCCAAAAGAUUUUCCUCAACCAAAUCUUGAUUCGUUACCCAAUGAGCCAUUAAAGAAAGGCGAGCAAUAUUUUUUGGAUUUGGCUGGCAAUAUUUGCAAGGGCCCAGUUGGAGUUGGAUACACGUGCUACUGCGCGCCGUUCUUCCGUCACGUAGAGGAGAAGCUGGAGAGAGACAAGCAGGAGCUGAAGGAGCAGCUGACAUUCGCCGAGCAGAGGCUGGGCAGGCGAGUGGAGAGUCUUGAACGCAAGACCGAGAGUCGCUUGUCGCAGAUCGCACACUGGCUGGCAGACCACCGCAGUUGCGGCGACGCCAGUGCAGUUGCGUCAAUGCAGCGCACGCGUAGCCUUGAUGGAGAGCUCAGCGUACAGCUGGAAAGCCUACAGGUCGACGAUCACGUUCCUAAGCACCCUCUCAAACGGUUCUGGAAGAGUCAAUUCUUGAACCCCGUAAGGACCGAGUGUCCCGACCUGGUGUCGUCGCAUCACUCCUACAGUCCUACCGGCAGUGUGAUCCGCGACCACGCCAAACAGGACGAUCUGCUUCCGGAAUGGCGGAAGGACGAGCUGAGAAAAUCGGUUCAAGAGAUCAUGUUGAGAGUGAACUCGCACCACAGGGAGCAGGGCGAGGGGCGGGAGGAGGAGAGCAGGUGGCGUGAGGAGGAGAGGGCAGGUGGCGUGAGUUCGGACGACGACUCGAGUGAUGCUGAUGACGAUGGCGAAGACAGGGUGGUCUCCUGGCAGGAGGUGGAGAGGCUGCCCUACCGCAGUCGCAGCGCCGUAUACGAGCGAGAGCCACCCGACUCUGGCUACAGUACAAAGAUUUGCAGCAAUUCUCAAGGCCCAUCACCUUCGCUAUCAGGACGAUUAGAAUCGGACGGGUUGGCGCCGGCGACCGGCAUAUUCAAGUCUCAGGCGGCAGUCAUCGACCACAGCGAGUAUCAGCCUCCCCCUCCCACUACCACUCAGUUAACCAACAAAUGCCAAAAUAUCUACACUGGAGAAGCAAGUUUAGUUUAAACAUAUUUUGUAAAUAUCUAUUUAUUUGUAAAAAAGCAUGUUUGUGAUUUUCUGUAAUAAUUUUGUUGAAAUACAUCAAAUGAAUCUUACAAAA